AUGGCAUCUCACUCGAUGCCACUCCAGUCUACAUAUGACAGCCAAACACUACCAUAUGCCGAUUUGGAGGAUCUCAAAGAAGCCGAGAUCGAAGACAGACACCUGAAAACGCGCAUACGCAAACUACGCAUCGUAUCUCGCACCCUUGCCUUGUUCAUAUCCAUCGCAGUCCUUGUUCCUACCGCGCUCACCCUCUACAAGUUCCUCAGCACACGAACGAUCUACCGCACCGUCGCACUUCCGAGCGGCCAAAGCGUUUCGCGUACACCCUGGGCUCACAACACGCGCGCAUGGCCAACAUACAUGUACUUUGGCGUUGCGGCCGUCUCCGUGCUGCUCAAUUUCACAACAAUGUUCUCUUAUAAAUUUGGCAUUGCGAAAGCCAACGUAGCAAGCGUCAUUACGAGUACUUUCAGCUGGAUCAAUCUCAUUGGGAACUUCGUGGUAUGGUGUGUAGCUGCAGGCUUGUAUCGCGCAGAGAAGGACAAGAACGGAAAGAGUAACGAUCUCUGGGGAUGGACAUGUAGUGCAGGUGCGAGGGCGAUCCAGAAAGAAUUUGUGGGCGAUAUUGAUUUCGGCAGAUAUUGCAACGUGCAGAGUGCGAGUUGGUAUAUCGGUAUUGUACAGGCCUCCGCUGCGCUUUUGACUGUAGUCAUUUAUGUCUUAGUUUAUCUAAGAAGAGUAACCAAGAAGGAGGUGCAGCGGCAAUUGAAGAUGAGUGGGUACGAACGGAACAGACACUGA